CCUCACAAAAUCACACUAACCACACGCUUAUGCAUAAGGCUAAAACUGCAGGGCUAUUCGCACCCCGGAACCAGAAGGAAGACGAAAACAACCAAGAGAUGGAAGAAGUAUCGACUGAGCCACUUGUUCCAGCUGUGAAGCCCGAAUUAAAACCCUCCUCCGCCGACGCUCCGCCGGAGCCCGGCGGCGCGGCAUCAUUUUCUGCCGAGGUCGAUGUCGGAGUUGGUGAGCUGGAUAAGGAUUUACUAUGCCCGAUUUGCAUGCAGAUUAUAAAGGACGCAUUCCUCACGGCGUGUGGCCACAGCUUCUGCUACAUGUGCGUCAUCACGCACCUACGCAACAAGAGUGAUUGCCCCUGUUGUGGCAAUUACCUGACUAACAAUCAGCUGUUCCCUAACUUCUUGCUGGACAAGCUAUUGAAGAAGACUUCUGCUCGCCAAGUAUCAAAAACUGCAUCCCCUGUGGAGCAAUUUCGUCAGGCAUUACAACAGGGUUGUGAUGUGUCAAUUAAGGAGAUGGACCACCUCUUGACGCUACUUGCAGAGAAGAAGAGGAAAGUGGAGCAAGAAGAAGCUGAAAGAAAUAUGCAAAUCCUACUAGACUUCUUGCAUUGUUUACGGAAGCAAAAAGUUGAUGAACUUAAUGAGGUUCAAAAUGAUCUCCAAUACAUUAAAGAGGACAUAAGUGUUGUUGAGAGACAUAGAAUAGAGUUAUAUCGUGCAAGGGACAGGUAUUCUGUGAAGUUGAGGAUGCUUGGGGAUGACUCUAGUACAAGAAAGCAAUGGCCAUUGCCAUUAUUAGAUAAGAGCAGCAGUGGUCUUAUCUCUGGUUCUCUUAAUGCAAGGGGAGGGAUGUCUGCUGGAAGUUAUCAGAACAAAAAGUUGGAAGGCAGGGGUCAACUAAGCUCUGAUAGUCAUGGAAUGCAGAGAAAGAAUACUUUGAGUGGGUCAGAUUCCCAAUGCUUUAAUCAAUCAACUCUUUCUGUGGCAAGGAAAAAGCGGGUCCAUGCACAGUUUAAUGAUCUACAAGAGUGUUACCUGCAAAAGAGACGCCAGUUGGCAAACGAACCACAUAAUAAGCUAGAAAGUGAUAAAAAUGUCAUACACAGGGAUGGUUAUAGUAAAGGUCUUGCAGAUUUUCAGUCUGUGCUGACUACUUUCACUCGUUACAGUCGUUUGAGGGUUAUCGCUGAACUUCGGCACGGGGAUCUAUUUCAUUCGGCCAACAUAGUGUCAAGCAUUGAAUUUGAUCGUGAUGAUGAAUAUUUUGCCACUGCUGGUGUCUCCAGGCGCAUCAAGAUUUUUGACUUCUCAUCG